AUGAUUAAAAUAGAACAUGCUGUUAUAUUUUAUAAAAAAUAUGUAAAAGAAGCAAAAAGUGUAUACGAUAACAUUGAAAGUGAAAAUAAAUUCUUAAUCAGUUCAAAUGAUGAAAUACUUUGUUCAUUGAAAUUCGAUAUACAAGCUGAUAAAUACUAUUUAAUAGGGAUAGAAUGUAUAGAACAUAAAUUUGAUAAUUCUAUCAAAAUAAUAGAGCAGAUUGAAAUUGAUGUAGAUAAUAAAGUAAUCAAAACAAAGAACCAAAAUAUAAUGAAUUAUUUAUCUCUAAAAUAUGAUGGAUUUAAACCAUAUUAUGAUGAUGUAAUAGAAUUUAAUUCAAUACAGUAUUUAAUGAAAGAAUGUUCUAAUUCUAAAUUGAUAGAUAAAUAUGAUGUAUUUGGUAUUGUAUUUACAAACAAGACAUAUGAAAGUGUAGCUGACAAGAUAAUUAAAGCUUUAAGUAAUAAAAAUUGUUACAAACUCUAUACGAAAGACGUAUCUUAUGAAAGAUUAUAUUCAAUUGAUAUAGUUGAAUGUGUUAUAUUAAUUGAUUGUCCUUUAUUUAAUUAUAAUUUAAAAUACAUCACACCUUUUAGUGUUUAUACUUAUUUUAAUAAAGAAUGGAAUGUUGAUAAUUAUGAUAGAAAUAUAGUUAAUUUAAACAUUAAAACUGAUUUAAAAGAUGAAAUAAGUUUAAGUAAAGAAUUAAAAAUUACUAAUCAAAAUUUAGUUAAAAAAAUAAACAACAAAUCAUUUUUAGGAGUUGAAUUUAAAAACCACAUAGAAGAUAUGAAUAUACACGAAGGUAACUCAGGCAUAGCCAGUGAUUAUAAAAAAUAA